GAGCGGGCAGGUCCGCGCAUGCGCCGCCUGAAGGGUUCCGGAAGCAUAUGUCUGAGAAAUGAGAUGGAGAAGUACGAGCGGAUCCGAGUGGUGGGGAGAGGUGCUUUCGGGAUUGUGCACCUGUGUCUGCGAAAGGCUGACCAGAAGCUGGUCAUCAUCAAACAGAUCCCAGUGGAACAGAUGACCAAGGAGGAACGGCAGGCAGCCCAGAAUGAGUGCCAGGUGCUCAAGCUGCUCAAUCACCCCAAUGUCAUUGAAUACUAUGAGAACUUCCUGGAGGACAAGGCUCUUAUGAUUGCCAUGGAAUAUGCACCAGGUGGCACUCUGGCUGAGUUCAUCCAGAAGCGCUGCAAUUCUCUGCUAGAGGAGGAGACCAUCCUGCACUUCUUUGUGCAGAUUCUGCUUGCGCUACAUCAUGUACACACCCACCUCAUCCUGCACCGGGACCUCAAGACCCAGAAUAUCCUUCUUGACAAACACCGCAUGGUCGUCAAGAUUGGUGACUUUGGCAUCUCCAAGAUCCUUAGCAGCAAGAGCAAGGCUUACACGGUAGUGGGUACUCCGUGCUACAUCUCCCCUGAGCUGUGUGAAGGCAAGCCGUAUAACCAGAAGAGUGACAUCUGGGCCCUGGGCUGUGUCCUCUAUGAGCUGGCCAGUCUCAAGAGAGCUUUCGAGGCUGCAAACCUGCCAGCACUGGUACUAAAGAUCAUGAGCGGCACUUUUGCACCCAUCUCUGACCGGUACAGCCCAGAGCUGCGCCAGCUGGUCCUGAGUCUGCUGAGCCUGGAGCCUGCACAGCGGCCACCACUAAGCCACAUCAUGGCGCAGCCUCUCUGCAUCCGGGCCCUCCUCAACCUGCACACUGACGUGGGCAGCAUCCGAAUGCGGAGGGCAGAGAAGUCUCUGGGUCCAGGACCACCCAUUGUACCUGGCAACACAGGGAGUAGGACCAGCAGUGCCCGCUGCAGGAGUGUUCUCCGGGGACCCAUGAGGCCGGCCAUCCCACCACCACUGUCAUCAGUGUACGCAUGGGGGGGUGGGCUGAGCACCCCCCUGCGGCUGCCAAUGCUCAACACAGAGGUGAUCCAGGUGGCUGUAGGGCGCACACAGAAGGCUGGCGUCACACGCUCUGGGCGCCUCAUCCUGUGGGAGGCCCCACCCCUAGGAUCAGGUGCAGGUGCCCUCCUCCCAGGGGCAGUGGAGCAGCCCCAGCCCCAGUUCAUCUCACGUUUCCUGGAGGGCCAGUCAGGCGUGACCAUCAAGCAUGUGGCCUGCGGGGACCUCUUCACGGCCUGCCUGACUGAUCGCGGCAUCAUCAUGACAUUUGGCAGUGGCAGCAACGGGUGCCUAGGCCAUGGCAGCCUCACUGACAUCAGCCAGCCCACCAUUGUGGAGGCCCUGCUGGGCUAUGAGAUGGUGCAGGUGGCCUGUGGGGCCUCUCAUGUGCUGGCCCUGUCCACAGAGCGAGAACUGUUUGCCUGGGGCCGCGGAGAUGGUGGCAGGCUGGGACUAGGCACCAGAGAGUCUCAUAGCUGCCCCCAACAGGUGCCCAUGCCCCCAGGACAGGAGGCCCAGCGGGUUGUAUGUGGCAUUGAUUCUUCCAUGAUCCUCACUGUGCCUGGCCGAGCCCUGGCCUGUGGGAGCAACAGGUUCAACAAGCUGGGCCUGGACCACCUCUCCCUCGGGGAGGAGCCUGCCCCCCAGCAGCAAGUAGAGGAGGCCCUGGGCUUCACACCACUACGCUCCGCACCCCUGGACCAGGAGUCCUUGCUGAGUGUGGACCUGGGUACUGCUCACUCGGCUGCUGUGACUGCCUCGGGUGACUGCUACACUUUUGGCAGCAAUCAGCAUGGGCAGUUGGGCACCAAUGCCCGCCGGGGCAGCCGAGCACCCUGUCAGGUCCUAGGCCUUGAGGGGAUCAAGAUGGCCAUGGUGGCCUGUGGAGAUGCCUUCACUGUAGCUAUUGGGGCAGAGGGUGAAGUGUACUCUUGGGGCAAAGGGGCCCGAGGUCGACUGGGAAGGAGGGAUGAGGAUGCUGGACUCCCUCGGCCAGUGCAGCUGGAUGAGACUCACCCUUAUGCAGUGACUUCUGUGUCUUGUUGCCAUGGAAACACUCUCCUGGCAGUGCGCCACAUCACAGAUGAGCCAGUCCCUCCCUGAGGCACCAGGAUGCACCUCUGAACCACCCUGAUACAGCAAUGCUUCUCUGCCUAAGUGUUCUGGAGAAGUGCUUCUGCACUGUGGAAUGGUGGGGAAGGGCUGGGGAAGCUUUACUCUGCUCUGGCCCUGGGUGGAGAAAUCUCAACCACUCUGGUCUCCCUCCCUGCCCCUCUUUACCCUCCCUACUCACUCUUCCCUCACGGUGUCCCCAGGUCCAGCCUGGCUGGAGCUGGCAUUUCACACUAGGACUACCUUUGGCAGCUGGUCUCUAGAGCCUUGCUGAGAGGCAUCUGUGGCUUUCCUCAGUUCCUGUCCUGCCCCCUGCCCAGUUAGAAAAUACGUUUCCCUGCAGGGGUUGAUGGCCUGUGAUCUUAGCUAUUACUGUUCUCAGUUGCUGAGGCAGGAGGAUCACCAGUUAAAGUCUAGCCUGAGCAGCUUAGUGAGACAUUGUUUCAAAAAAAAGUUUGCACCAGUGGGAGAUAGGCGCCAUGCUUCACAGCAGAGCAAGUCAAGGCCUGCCUGGACUGGCCAUCAGUCCUGCCUAGCCUUUGCAUGGCCUGGGGCAGGGAGGUCCAAGGGACCCCGUCACCCCUUUAUCCUGAGGCAGGAUUAACACAACCUCCGUGAGCCUUCCUUCCCCUGCCAGAGUGCUAGAGUCCGCAAGUGGCUGCAGAGAGGAUCCUUGGCUAGGUUGCCCAUCACCCCAAGUCUUUGCCCAGACCCAGGUUUGGAGUAAAGGUAGCUAGUGAGACCAGACCAGUUUCUCAAAGGACUGAAAGUAGCGCUAAUAAAAAAUAGCAACCGCC